AUGGCAACGGAAGGCGAUGACGACCACGACCGUAUGCAAGCUUCGACUGGAUCGCCUGGGACGCCACAAAGGAGACAAGACUUUCUCUCGGUUCGUACGCUGUAUCUUCCAACCAGCCUGAUAUUGUUGAUGGGAUUUUUACUAUACCUGGCCAUCCAAACAUUUCCAGCCUCAUCAUGGCCGCGGGAUGGUGUCAGAAAUGGGAUUGAUUACAACAACGCCGAGACUGCGGUCAUGAUCGCGCCAUGCGGAAACACCCCAGACAUGGCCCGCGCUGCGGAUUGCAAGUUCGACACGGUCUCAUUUGCAUGGCUUCCAGAGCGUUGCUAUGAUGCUGAGCUGUCGGAAGAAUUUGCCCAGAUCAAGCAGUGGGAAUAUUUCGAGGACCAGAAUCGCUCCGUGAAGGUCCCUCAUGAAAAAGCGCUUACAGGCGAUUACUCUGCGCUGUACAAGGAAUUCGAAUACCACCUUAGGCACGGUGUUUUCAUGUGGAAGAAAAUGCACCGUGCGCUGCUGCGCGAAGGCGUUGGCCGGCGCGGAAUCGACUCGUCGAUCGCUAAUCGCGCAGUGGCAAUGGAUCUGGUGAAUUCUGUUAUCGUACUCAAGUUCCCUGACUGCGGUAUGGCAUGA